GCGACGCGGACGCAGCGACUGGGCGCUUCCGCAAAAAUGGCGGCGGCGGCGGGCGGCUCGCGGAUGGUGGCCUGGGGCGAAAGGCUGCUGCGCGGGUUGGCUGCCGGCCGGCGGGCCUGGCCAAGCUCCGGGCCCGUGGCGGCGGCAGUGGUCGGCGUGGCCCUGGCGGGAGCAGGAGCAGCGUGGUACCACGGCCGCGUGAAUAUGGCAGCGCCCCAGGGCGGCCUCACCGUGGUAGCCCAGAAAAGUGUGGACUCUGGAGAGAUGAAAGGGAAACCAUCUCCUCGUAAACAGCGCUUCAUGCAGUUUUCCUCACUGGAACACAGGGGAGAGUAUUACAUGACACCACGGGACUUCCUCUUCUCAGUAAUGUUUGACCAAAUCGAACGUAAAACUUCAGUCAAGAGGCUGACAAAUAAGGAUAUUGAGGACGUACUGGCAGGAAUCAAAAGAGCUGGUUGUGGAUCAACUUUUUUUAGAGACCUUGGCGAUAAAGGGCUGGUUUCAUAUACCGAGUAUCUUUUCUUGCUUACAGUCCUCACUAAACCCCAUACUGGGUUUCAUGUUGCAUUUAAAAUGUUGGAUGCAGAUGGUGAUGAGAUGGUUGAGAAAAAGGAAUUUUUUAAGCUGCAGAAGAUCAUAAGUAAACAGGAUGACUUGAAGACAACAAUAACUAAUGAAACAGAAUGCCAGGAACCAACAGUGAAAGAACCUGAAAUUAACACAACCCUUCAGAUACGUUUCUUUGGAAAAAGAGGAGAGAGAAAACUUCACUAUAAAGAAUUUCGAAGAUUUAUGGAAAACUUACAGACGGAGGUCCAAGAAAUGGAGUUCCUUCAGUUCUCUAAAGGUUUGAGUUUCAUGAGAAAAGAAGACUUUGCAGAAUGGCUCCUUUUUUUCACCAACACUGAAAAUAAAGAUGUUUAUUGGAAAAAUGUGAGAGAGAAGCUGUCCGCAGGAGAGAGCAUUAGUUUGGACGAGUUCAAGUCAUUUUGUCAUUUUGCGACCCACUUGGAAGACUUCGCUAUUGCCAUGCAGAUGUUUAGUUUAGCUCAUCGCCCUGUCAGACUAGCAGAGUUUAAGAGAGCUGUGAAGGUAGCAACAGGACAAGAACUCUCCAACAAUAUUUUGGACACCGUCUUCAAGAUCUUUGAUUUGGAUGGUGAUGAGUGUCUUAGUCAUGAAGAGUUUCUUGGGGUGUUAAAAAACAGGAUGCAUCGAGGUUUAUGGGUGCCGCAACAGCUCAGUAUACAAGAAUACUGGAAAUGUGUGAAAAAAGAAAGCAUUAAAGGCGUGAAAGAAGUCUGGAAACAAGCAGGAAGAGGUCUUUUAUAGAAAAACAUAAUGUGGGAAUUACAUUGCUCCAAGUGUCGGAACUGGGGAUUUCUUAAAGUACUAGAUGGGUUAUCUUCUAAAGUCUUCAUUGAUUUCCUUUGUAAUAUAAAGAUGCCUUGUAUUUGCUUUCUGAUUCAAUAAUUUCUUAGUAAGAUUUCAUUACAGAACUUCGUAAAAAGAAAGUAUUCUUUUACGAAAACAGACAGUGGACUCUGUCCAAAGCCUAGGAUUGAAGUAACGCCUUGACUUUGAUAAGAUGGAAAACCUGGUCAUUCCGUGGUGUCAACACAGCAGCAUAGCACGUUCUCUGGAGCAGUCAACAGGUGCACAGGAAGAGUCACUGACCUGAGGCCAGAAUCAAUUCUGCAGCCCUGAUGCUCCUAGUGGGGCAAAUUAAGUUAAAACAUUUCAGGUUUUCUUAUCUGUACCUUGCAUCUCAUAGACUUCUUGUACAUUUUAUUUCAGUGAGCUGUAUAUUAGUUGUCUUUAAAAUAUGUAAAUUUCAGUAUUCUGGAAUAUUCUGGAAACAGAAUAAAGUAUUUAUAAAGAUAAAAAGAUUACUGAGGUGCAUUUUGCUUUAUAUGUACUGUUUAAAACUACAUUUUGGGGGGCUUCCCUGGUGGCACAGUGGUUAAGAAUCCGCCUGCCGAUGCAGGAGACACGGGUUUGAGUCCUGGUCCGGGAAGAUCCCACAUGCCGCGGAGCAACUAAGCCCCUGCGCCACAACUACUGAGCCUGCGCCCUAGAGCCCAUGAGCCACAACUGCUGAGCCCGCGUGCCACAACUACUGAAGCCCGAGUGCCUAGAGCCCGUGCUCCGCAACAAGAGAAGCCACCGCAAUGAGAAGCCCAUGCACCGCACCAAAGAUCCAUUGCGGCCAAAAAUAAAUAAAUAAAAAUAAAUUUUUUAAAAAAAAAGUGUGAUCGGGAGAACCUUGAUCACAUGAUAAGGGUCUCUUGGGAUAUAGUGGUUUAUGGGUGAAUGUUUAAAAUGGUACUAGAAUUUAAUUGGCAUUAAAUAUAAAUAUUUUAAAUAUGGCAAAUAAAAAUUAUUUUUUAGGGCUUCCCUGGUGGCGCAGUGGUUGGGAGUCCGCCUGCCGAUGCAGGGGGCACGGAUUUGUGCCCCGGUCUGGGAGGAUCCCACGUGCUGCGGAGCGGCUGGGCCCGUGAGCCAUGGCCGCUGGGCCUGCAGGUCCGGAGCCUGUGCUCCGCAACGGGAAGGGCCACGGCGGUGAGAGGCCCGCGUACCGCGAAAAAAAAAAUUUUUUUAAUUAUUUUUUGAUAUGCUUCUCAAGAAUGGUGCAAAUAUUUAAAACAUGUUCCACUUUCUGGAUAAAUAGCUGAUUCCAAGACAGGUGCAGGCAAACCUUGGAAACAUUAUGCUAAGUAAAAUAAGCCAGACACAGAAGGACUAGUACUGUAUGAUUCCACUUAUGUAGGUCCCUAGAAUAGGCAACUUCAUAGAGACAGAAAGUGGACUAGAGGUUGCCAGGGGCUGGGAAGGACGGGGGAUAUGGGGGAUUGCUGCUUAAUGGUUACAGAAUUUUGGUUUAAGGUGAUGGAAAAUUAUGGAAAUGCAUAAUGGUGAUGUUUGCACAUUUAAUUAAUGCCACUGAAUUGUGCACUUAAAAUGGUUAAAAUGGCAGUCUUUAUGUUUUGUGUGUAUAUACAUACAUAUAUCCUUUUAAACGUAAUUUUUUAAAAUCAGUAUUGUAAUACACCAAUAGACGCUGAAUUGUUUAUGUGGGUAAACUAUGG